AUGUUUGCUUUGCUAGCAAUCGUGAUAGUGCUGCUGCUGAUUAUAUUGCUCGAUACGACUAGACAACAUCAUGCAGCCAAAUUUGCCCGCACCAUCGCAACGAUUCGUCCCUGUUAUCCUUUGCUUGGGAUCGCGUCGGUAUUUCUGGGUAAAAGUGAACUGCAACGGUUCGAAAACUUUGUGAAAGUGCUGCAGACUGUGGAUCGGAUCGGAAAGGCAUGGCUCGGACCGCAGCUGAUUUUCUACGUGUCUCAUCCGGAUUUGAUACAGCAGGUUCUAACCGAUCCAAACUGUUGCGAGAAACCGUUCUUCUAUGAGUUUGUCAAGUUGAAGCAUGGAUUAUUUUCGGCGAAAUAUUCCCUUUGGCGACCUUAUCGGAAAGCACUGAACCCAACGUUUAAUGCAAAAAUACUGAACAGCUUCGUGCCGAUAUUUGAAAGGUUUUCCAGAAAAUUGGUUCAGAAUUUGAAAUCCCGCCCCGAAGGAACGGCGGUUGACAUGUUGGAAUUUACUACCGAGUGUGCAUUGGAAAUGGUCUGCGGAACCACGCUCGGAACGGGUCUGAAGAAUGGAAGUGGCAAACGAGAGUUCAUGCGAAGCAUGCAGGUAUUGAUGAGUAAAGUGGCCACGCGAGUGCUAAGUGUCAGCAUUUACAAUGAAAGUAUCUAUUGUCUCACAAAAGGGCACAAGGAGGAGAAUCGUGCACGACAGAACUGUCUGGAUUUUGCUCUUAGGAUCAUCAAAGACAGACGGGGCGUUCUUGGCACAAAGGCUGAAAGCAUGGAUUCCGACGACGGCUACCAAGUUCGGCGACCCAAGCUAUUCAUUGACCAAGUUCUAUCCGGUACUCAUUCCGAAACCAAUUUCGACGAGCAAAAUCUGAGUGAACAAGUCCUCACCAUCAUGGGUGCGGGUUAUGACACUUCUGCCCACAUGGUAGCCCACACAUGCCUCUUCCUGGCGAUGUUCCCGGAGCUGCAGGAGAAACUCGCCUUGGAAAUUGAGUCCAAACUACCUGACCAUGAGCAAGAGCUGACAGUCGAUUCGUUGAAAGAUCUCCCAUUUCUGGACAAAUUCUACAAGGAAAGCAUGCGGCUGGCACCGGUGGGAUCAACCGUAGCCCGAGAGAAUCUGACCGAAAUUGAACUGGAUGGCUGCCGCAUUCCAAGGGGGAACAUCUUUUUGUUGAAUUAUUUCAUUCUACACCGACGCAAGGACGUUUGGGGACCGGAUGCGGAUCAGUUUGAUCCGGAAAAUUUUGCUCCCGAGCGUUCGAGCGGAAGGCACCCGUUUGCGUAUUUGCCUUUCAGCGGGGGUUCGAGAAACUGCAUCGGUGCUCGGUAUGCGGUGAUUAGCAACAAAAUAAUGAUCAUCCAUAUCGUUAGAAAUUUUCGUCUGAGCACGGAAAUCAAGUUCGCAGAUUUAAAAUAUCGCUUGGAGGUUACUCUGCACCUGGCGUUCAAGCAUCUGAUAACGCUGAAGGCGAGGAAAUGAGGCAAAAGCACAACCAUGGCGGAUGAUACAAUGCCAGAGGAGUAAAAUAAAUCGCUGCGGAAAGGUCACCACGCUCGGAGGAUCAGCUAGGAAGCGUAAUAUAUCCAAAAGGUUACUGCUUCCAUGUUAGCAGUGUGGUGUGGUAUAAUGUUGUGCGAAGUAAUCAAUGUUUGAUAAUAAAGCAAAU